GUUCUACCUUAUGUAUAGGUCUUGUUUUAGUUAUGAAUUCCUGUUAAUUCUCGCUCCAGCGGAAUUCAGAAAAAAUAUAUAUAUUCCUAAGAAAAGGGCAUUUCAAACUUCCUUUUUACUUAGUCCGUAAAGGUUUGGUAAUCAUCAGAUGAGCAGAUUGAUUUAGACUGUUGUCAUAGCAACUCCUGAGCGAGAUUUGCAUUUAAUAGAACUUAAAAUUAAGUUUUUAACAUAAACAGAGCAUUCUGUGAACAAUGGUGAGAAGUCUUAAUGAAAAAGUCAAUGGUUGCGGUAUCUACUGUUUAUCAAGUUAGCGCUUACGUUUUCCAUGUGAACAAGCAAUGAACGAAGAUGAACCUUCGGUUUUCGAAACAUCGGCAAAUGAUGUAAACCAAACAGAAAUUUCAGUUAGCGACGGUAUUACGAGCAAUCAGCCUAAAGGAGCAUCAGAGAAUUUACCUUCGAGAGAAACAGAAACAAGUGAAUCAAACAUUAGGGAAAGUGAAUCUCGUUUUUCUAAGGAAAACAUUGAAGCCAGUGGCGAUAAUGAUACAACGGAAACAUCAGAGUUUGAAUCAAGAGCGGCGGGAAUGUUGUCGCUGAAUUCGGACGCUACCGCCGACUCCAGUGGCGUGAUUGGCGAUGCCGGGAAGAUUGGAGAUAAAAGUUUACAGCAAGAGCUAGAAGUUGAGGGUGAAAUCCACGAAGGAAAGUUAAACGGAACUCAGGCGACCGAAGAGAAUCCUUUUCUUCAGUCAGUGAAAUAUUUAGAAAAGCAUCAAAUUCUGCGCCUUUUCCAGGUGGGAUUUGUUCGUGACAGUUUCAUGAAUAUGCAUCUCGGCCCUUUGGCUUGACUUUCUUUUCCUCAUCUUUUUACUGCAAUGUCAUGUUCCCUAUCUCGAUUAAACUCUUUUGAUCUUUUUUUUUAUUUAUACUUCGCCGGCGAGUCGAGCUUUCUUCAGGGUCAUUCGUCUCUUCUUUCAAAUAACAACUAAUCGUCCGUAAACCAACACAUAACAAUCCAGCUUUUUAUGCAUAAUGAGUUUACAUUUUAAAUGACAGCGCUUUUGCAUUUGAUUACUUUCCAGUUGGAAAUUAACGCCAAAUUCUUCACUUCAACAAUAAGAUUUUUUCUUGAGAAGCGUUUUAUUACUUAUCAAAUCCAAAAAUUUGUAAUUCAUGUUCACUGAGCAGUUGUAGAAAAAAGAAGAGUAUCUGACUGCCUUAAGCAAUGCAUGACUUUCUGACCUAUGGCUGGCUCCCUAACCGACUGACUGACUCACUAAAAACAUUAAUUACUGACUGACUGGCUGACCGGCUGCCUGCCUACCUGCCUAACUGCCUAACUGACUGACUAACAAACUGAUUCAUCAUUCACUCACCCACUGACUCGCUGAUCAGGAGUGACUGACUGACUGAAUGGCUAACUGACUACUCACCGACAUACCAACGGUAACUUUGAACAGAAAACUCCGUGUUAACAACUCCUCCCUUUGUUACAGAAUUUCGCUGCCCAGAUCGUUUACAAGAGACCUGAUAACCCUCUACAAUACUUAGUUGAUGAAUUAGAGGGGUCCCGAGACGAAGCGCGUGAACAUGUUGAGCGAGUUCCAGUAACAAGCCAAGACGUUGAUACACUAGAUUUGACGUCAUGACACUUUCGUCCAAACCUGGAAGUCUCAUAACGCAGUUGUGGUUGUGCAAAAGAGAAUUAUAACAGAGAUCUCAAAAAAAGGAAAAAACUACAUAUGGAUAUGUAACCUUAACUAAGAGGAUUACCUCGAGAUUGAAUAAAAUGUUAAAAUCAUCUCUUUCAAGGGUAGACGAACACCAAAAAGAAAGGAAUAAGGCAAAACAGAAAAUAAACUGUUAAGGAUGGAGAUGAUUCACAAAGAAUGCAAAUCACGAACUUGGAAACUUUAGGCGACGUAGUUUCAUGUUGACCUCCUAUAAAAUUGAAGUAGCAGUAUUAUAAAGUAUUAUCGACCGAGCUGAUAACGUAAAUUGGCCACCCCAAAGAGUUUCAAAGCCGACGUUUCGAGCGUUAGUCCUUCGUUAUUCGCUCUAACAGAGGGCUAACGCUCGAAACGUCAGCCUUUUAACUCUUUACGGUGGCCAAUUUAGGUUAUCAGGCAACUCAGUUGAUACUAAUAAAUCACUUUGCUAUACUCUCCCACCGACGCAGCACCACAGUUUCUUUAGAAACUUACCCCUGUUAUGAAGUAGCGGUAGUUUUUAAGUGGUUUUAGUACUGUAAUGUAAGUAAUCAUUAUAUUAUAUAUAUGGUGUAAGUUGCGUAAGUCCGUCAGUGUAACGUGUGGUAAUUAACAAAUAGAGAAGCCUUGACUGUGCUCUGUUCUGUUGUAAAGCACGCAGGAAGCGGCUAGAGCACGAAAGAAGUGUAGGGGG